GUCACACUUCACACUUUGGAAAGGAAUCCGAUGAACUUGGCGAUUCUAUUCUUUGUUUAUAACCAUUGGCUGUCUGUUGGCUGUUCGUAGAUAAAAAUGGCCACACGUAUAGAGGAAACCGUAACUAAUGAAAAUGUACACGAGGACAUUGACGAAAACAAAAUAGAAGAUUCAAAUAUAGCUCAAGAGGCAGCCAAAAAGAACAAGAAGAAGAAAAAGAAAAAAAAGCCUGCCAACAGUGACGUUGUUCAGGUUGAAGGUGAUCAGGAAGGUGAAGAACCAGCUGCCCAACAAAACGGGUCUGCAGAUCCUAAAUCUGAAGCCAACACUGAAGGAAAUGCUGAUGGUGCUGAAGGUGAAAAGAAAAAGAAAAAGCGUAACAGAAAGAGGGGUGGAAAAAUAAACCAAACCUAUCCGCCUACUGUGCCUAUAGUUGAUUUGUUUCCUGAUAAAGUGUUUCCAAUUGGAGAAAUUCAGGACUACCCUGUUGUUAAUGAUGACCGUACUGCCAAAGAUCGUUUUACAUCAGAGGAGAAGAGAGCUUUAGAUAGAAUGCAUAAUGAUAUUUAUAAUGAAGUACGGUUGGCUGCUGAAGCUCAUAGACAAACUCGACAACACAUACAGAAAUGGAUAAAACCUGGUAUGACGAUGAUUGAAAUUUGUGAAGAGUUGGAAAAUACUGCUCGCAAACUAAUCGGUGAAGACGGUCUUAAAGCUGGACUGGCUUUCCCCACUGGUUGUUCUAGAAAUCAUUGUGCCGCUCACUAUACUCCUAACGCUGGCGAUAAAACCGUUUUGGAAUACGAUGAUGUCGUUAAAAUCGACUUUGGAACACAUAUUAAUGGGAGAAUCAUUGACUGUGCAUUUACUCACACUUUCAAUCCCAAAUAUGAUAAGCUUGUAGAGGCCGUUAGGGAUGCUACCAAUACUGGAAUUAAAGCUGCUGGUAUUGAUGUUCAAUUAUGCGAUAUAGGAGCUCAAAUCCAGGAAGUUAUGGAAUCGUAUGAAGUGGAACUAGAUGGUAAAACAUAUCAAGUAAAAUCAAUCCGGAACCUUAAUGGUCAUUCCAUUUCACCUUACAGAAUACAUGCAGGAAAAACUGUUCCUAUUGUCAAGGGCGGCGAGGCUACUGUUAUGGAAGAGAACGAAUUUUAUGCUAUAGAAACUUUUGGUUCGACCGGCAGAGGUGUUGUUCAUGAUGAUAUGGAAUGUUCCCACUACAUGAAAAACUAUGAUGUUCAAUAUGUGCCAUUACGCCUGCAGUCGUCCAAAGCCCUCCUAAAUAUAAUCAACAAAAACUUCGGAACUUUAGCUUUCUGCAAAAGAUGGCUGGACCGUGCGGGCGCUACUAAAUACCAAAUGGCGCUGAAGGACCUCUGCGAUAAGGGCAUCGUGGAUUAUUAUCCACCACUUUGCGACAUCAAGGGUUGCUAUACAGCUCAAUUUGAACAUACCAUCAUGCUUCGACCAACGUGUAAGGAAGUUGUGUCUCGUGGAGAAGACUAUUAAAACUGCUGGUCCAUUUCAAAUUAUUAGUGGGCGCCCGAUUUUGCCUAAAACUUUUAGUUGGAAUAAGUUUUUUUUCAAUCGUUUCGAUUAGGUUUAUUAGGUUUGUUGGUAGUUGACCAGUAUAUAAAAAUGUAAUUAAGUUUAGGCAGAAAUACCAUAAAAAAUUGGGCCCAAAACUUUAUAAGAUACUGUUCUAGAGUUUAUAAUAGUACAAUCAUUUGGUGCUUUAUAUAUUUUUCAUGUAGUCAGUGCUAGGUAGUAAUUAUUAUUAUAUUGUCUCAUCAAAUUUUCGAAAAUGUUUGUAAUUUGAUGAGUGAAGUUCAGUAAAGUCAGACUAAAGCAAAGUUCAGAGAAUAAGCUCUUAAUUAACUAAUCGAUUUCAAAGAGUAAACUUAUAUAACAACUCUUCAGACUACCUGAAGUUUGGUAGAGGAGUACCUCGGGGUUCACAAAUAUUUAGUAGAAAGGCCUGCUUUGUCAACAAGAAUUGUACUUUCUUCAGACAAUAAAGCUUUUUUUGAUUGAUUAAUAAGCGUCUUCUCUAGACGGAAUAACCAUAAAUAUGCUAUAAUAGAGUGAAUUCCAACCUAGAUAUUUAAAAAAUUUGCAAAUAAUAUCCACAAAAUGGGUUUAGCAAUUCACAAAGUGCUUUUUGCUAGUGUGACGAAUCUACUCAAAAGUAUUUUCCAUAUGGAAAUUCACUUUACAGGAGUUCUGCGCCCAAAUUAAAACAGAAAUGCAAAACAUGUGAUAAUAAAUACCUCAGCCUUUACCAGAUAGUUCAGAUGAUGCAUAGCAAAUUUUGAUACUUUCUAGAUACAGUAAUGAGGGACAUGGGCGUCCUUAGAGGGCUGGCAAGUGGAGCAGUUGUCCCUCCCUGGCUCCUGGCUACGACUUGUUUUUAUUUUAUAUUUCAGUUUUUGUUCUUUUUUUUGUUAGGUCCUUUUUUUUUAAUUUAAAGGGGGCAUGACCCAAAAAUAAAAGUUUUUGGAAAAAAAAAUCUAAGAACAAAUUUUCGAACCGAACUAGGCUAUGACCAACCGUUGCGAAGAUACCAUGGUAUAAAGUUCGUACUCCCAGCACUGUGACGUCAUAUGCACAAACUGAGUCCGCGCCUUUGCUCAUGCUUGCUGCAUAUGCUAUCACCAUGAUCGUAUGGUUUUUGCGUUCUCACCUCCAUCGCUGCAUCAGUUAAAUAAGUUUUGUAAUUUUGGCGUGUGUUUAUGACGUCAGCGAUGAAUAGACAAAACUCUAUUUAGGCGUAUCUAUCUUAUUAUUUUGAGUAGCGAUGCGAGACAUCACAAGAGUUCUUAGAAUUUUUUUUUCCUUAUUUUCUCAAGACAAGUUGUAUUUUAAGGUUACACCCCCUUUAAGACAAUUUUGCUAUUUUCUGUUGCUCAUUUAUUUUUACUUUUUGACGUUAACAUUUUUAUCUCUAAUAACAUGAAUAUUAUGAAUAAAUGAAAAGGAAUUAAAGAAAUAUUAUACAUGUGACAAACAUUUAGAUCUCUAACCGGUACACGAAUUUGAAAACACGAAUCUAGCUUCCCAAAAAAUAAUAUCUUUUCACGUUAGAGAUAUGCAGUUUUGUAUAGUCACUAGGACUGCUUUGUUAAUAACUAUUUGCUAUAAAAAUAAAGCACGAUUUGAUUUGAUUCAAUUUGGUUUCGAAAUUAUUUACUAUUAUCGACUCUUAGACUUAUCAUUGGAACAUUAUUUUGUUUAAGUUUGUUUUUUUCAAGACUUGUCAUUGGAACAUUAUUUUGUUUAAGUUUGGUUGUUUUUAAUCAACUUUUAUAGUUUUGGGAGUAUGUACUAAUAAAUAUUGUUGUGAAAGUUUGCUAUAA